UGCUUUUGAGGAUUUGUAAAGACAUUAUCUUAGAUCUAGCACUAUUGGAAAUGUGAUGACUUCCAGUCAGUCCUCGUGACUGUUCACACAGCGCUGUUGCGGAGGUGUUAAAGCUGGCGUGUUUCAACUUCCAGGCAGUCAUGGAUCAACUAUAUCAAAACAGUACAUGUCAUUUGUUUAGCACUAUUUGCAUUUCUCAUUGCCUAUAGCCUACCACAAAUGCAGAGCCCGCACAGUGGAGCUCAGCAAAAGAACAGGUGGUCAUAUCUCAUAGACCUAUUUGACAUUUUAAGUCAUUUUUCAACAGCACGAGCUGCUCAAAGGCACAACUGUUGUAAUUCUUUGGGAAACAUACCUUUCUUCUUUCUACGCAGAAUGACAAAAUGGAUGUUGGUUGUUGCCCUAAUUUGUGUCCUGGUUGGUGAAAAAGGAUCCACUAAGGGUUCCUCUAGACCAAAUCCCAGACCAGAAUCAGAUCAUGGAAGUGGACAAGGCCACUGGAGUACCAAUAACAAGGGAAAGGGAAGAUGUCGACAAGCAAAAGGACAAGAUUUCCACAACAAUGAAUCGUCUCGCUGUCAAAAACAAAAAGGAGCAAACAUCGAAGAUGCAAAAGCUUGUAUGGAAGACAUCAUAAAGCUAAUGAAAGACAAAAGAAGACACUGCAACACUUUGAUGAAGCAUGUGAAGAAAAUGGAGAAGCUUUUGGAAAUCACACAAAUAAAGCAAUCAAUGUCACUGUCAAAAGAUGAAAUCGCUAUGCAUCUCUACAAGCCGAAAAAGACAUUCAGGGGUCUGCAUCUUGAGGCCAAUGACACUAAGGCUGCUGCAGGGGCGGUGGAAAACAGCUCGGUGCAGGUCGACCUCCCAGCUGAGCUGCUGCAGGAUGGAGAAGAGAACACCAUCAUCUUCUGUGUCAUCCACUCAGCCCCUCAGUUCCAGGACUUGGGUGUGUUAGACGGCCGUGUGUAUGGAAUCAGUGUGUCCAAUAAGAGCAUCCAUGGACUACAGCAACCCAUAAACAUCUCCGUGACUCUAAACAAGCAAAAUGACUUAAGGGAACCAGAAUGUGCAUUUUAUAACUCCACAACUGAAGACUUCAGCAAGGAUGGCUGCCAUACAGUCUGGUGUAAAGGGGAAGGAAGAGUCACCUGUUCCUGUGAUCACCUCACAUACUUCGCCAUACUGAUGGCGGGUGGAGAGGUUGACGAUGGCCAUGAGAAACCUCUGACCUACAUCACUCUGAUUGGCUGCAGCAUCUCCCUUACGCUCCUGCUCAUCACUGUCAUCCUCUUCCUCAUCCAGAGACGUAAGCAGUCUGACGUCUCCAGGCGUGUGCAUGUGAACCUGGCUGCAGCCCUGAUACUGUUGAAUGGCCACUUCCUGCCCAACUCCUGGGUUGCGUCUCUGGCGGCCCCUGCUGGCUGUGUGUAUAUCGCGCUCCUGUUGCACUACUCCCUUUUGGCCACAUUUGCCUGGAUGGCAGUAGAGGGUUUCCACCUCUACAUGCUGCUGGUCAGAGUGUUCAACAUCUACAUCAGGAGAUACCUGCUCAAGCUGGCCCUGUUCGCAUGGGGUGUCCCUGCUGUCGUGGUGCUGCUGAUCUUCCUAAUUGACAGAGAUGCCUAUGGACUGGUCGCUAUCCCCUCUGAGUCCAACAGCACAGUAUACAUGUGUUACGUGCGUAACGAUACUGUUAAGUGGGUGAGUGUGUGUGUGCCAGUGGCACUGCUCUUCCUCUGCAACGGUGCCGUGCUGCUGGUGACGGUACAUAAGUUAUGGCGCAUGCGGGCAGAUGGCGCCCCCUCUGGUGGGAAGUGGAAGGACACCUGCUGCAUCAUGGAGUGGAAAGACGCCUGCUGCAUCAUGGCCAUCUCCUGCAUGCUGGGCCUGACCUGGGCCAUUGGCCUGCUCAGCUCCCUCUCCCUCACCGCCACAUACCUCUUCUGCAUACUCAACUCCCUACAAGGUGUCUUCAUCUCGAUCUGGUUCCUCGCAUCACAACGCUCCCAGAGCGAAGACACACCCAGCAGCACCAACACACAUACACAUACUACAUAGACACACUCACGCACACGCACACACACACACAAACAUCACAAUGCUACCAGAAGCAUGUACACGCACAGUGUCUCACAUGCAUGCACACACACAAGCACACAAUAUGUACACACACACACAC